UCUCUCCACUUGACCUUCUCCAUUCUGGCCCUCCUUGUCUAGGCACAGUCCCUACUGCUACGAGACUCUGAAGAUACCCCGUAUCAUUACCCCCUCACAUGGCGAAAGAGAUCGGCACUCUGGUGGUGGUGGUCCUUAAAGCACGCCAUUUGCAUCAACCGACAUUCUACAAACAAGACCCUUAUGCCAAGGUAGAGCUCGUUGGAACCACUCAGCGCACCAAGGUCGAUCCCAAGGGGGGCCAACAUCCUACUUGGGAUGAGGAGCUUCGCUUCCCCGUCCUCCAGGACGACAAUGACAAGAAUCGAACUCUGGAGAUCUCGGUCUUUGCAGAUGCACCGAAGAAGAAGGACCCACUGCUAGGGGUUGGUAAAGUUAACGUCAGGGAUACUUUACAGUCGGGCGAGUUCGAUGAUUGGAUACCAUUGGAAACGGAGACUGGUGGACAGCGCGGAGAGAUCUACCUCGAGAUGACCUACUAUGCUAACGCCCCUCCACCACUGCAACGUCGUCCAUCUAAGCUUAAUCCUUCCGAGAGACUCGCACCACCUUCACUUGGUGCAACACCGCCUGGAGCCAGCAGGCUUGCUGCGCUGCGGGGACAGACUCAGCCUCAGAACACUGCUCCACCUAAAGCAGGACGUCAAACAUCUCCCAAUUCACGACCGGUGCUAGCAAAGAAUGAAGGUCUCCCUGCCUCUCUGCUUCCAGCUGCUGGGCAUCCUGGAGGAACGAGCCCUCCACGCGUAGGGCAUCGUCACGAAGAGCUGCCACCAUUACCCGAAGAGAAAGAUGCGCUUCCCGUUUCAGGACGUGGCGCAGGCAAACCGGCGCAUUUGCCGACUAUUCUGCGCCCUGGAAGAAAACCUGGUGCUGGUCACGGAGGCCAUCCUUCAAGCUUGACAGCGGAAGCCCUUCGACCGGGACAUUCGGGACAGAGUACAACGCCCGGAUUAUACCAAUCGCCGCCAAGUCAGACCCCUGAACUCAUAACUGUAGACCCGUAUGGAACAUCGUAUCGCGCCCCUUCAGUAUACCCUCCUUCGCCGUAUGACGUAGGUGCUGGCUCGGCACCGCCGAACGAUCCUUAUGGAACAUCCUAUCCCCCUGCCCCAUACCCUAUUUCCGAUGCUGACCCAUACGGGACUACUCCAGUGCCAGCGCCGACGGGCCCUUUGUCUUUCCCUGUACCAACCAUAAAUCCACCUGCUAGCGAGCCAUCGCCACCUUCACAGGGCUAUGGUACCCCGUAUCAGGAUCAGGGAUAUCGAGCCGCCACCUCUCAAUAUGGACAAAAUGGCUAUCCCGGACAGUACCCUCCAUCCACAGCCCACUCGCGCGGAAACUCGCCCAUGCCACUCACGCAUACACCUGUAUCAGCCCCGCAUUCACAAGGGUCACUCCCUCCACCCUCUCUGUCCCCUCAGUAUAGGAAUGCAUCUCCUGCCCUACCUGGAGCAUACCCGGUCUAUAACGAUCAGUCGACACCGUCUGAGCCCGAUCGUGCAAAUAACCCACGCUAUCAGGCUCCCCUUCCUCUGCCUCCAGGCGCUCAAGAAGAAGAGAACCGCAAGCGCGAGGAAGAACGCCGAAAACAGGAGGAAGAGCAUGCGAGACAUGAAGCGGAGGAACAUGCGAGGCGCGAAGAAGAGGAGCGUCAGCAGCGCGAAGAAGAGGAGCGUCAGCAGCGCGAAGAGAGCGAGCGCAUGCGCCGAGAGGUGGAGCAGCGCAUGAGGGAGGAAGAGGAACAGAGACAGAGAGAAGAGGAAGAGCGCAGGAAGCGAGAAGAGGAGGAAGCGGCUCGUCGCAAGGCUGAAGAAGAUGAAGCGCGACGCAAGGCUGAGGAGGCACGUCUACAGGCAGAAGAAGAGGCACGCCGCAGGGCAGAAGAAGAGGCACGCCGUAGGGCAGAAGAAGAGGCGCGGAUCAAGGCUGAGGAAGAAGCCCGAAAGAAAGCGGAAGAGGAGGGGCGUCGCAAGGUUGCAGAGGAACGAAAGCGCGCCGAGGAAGAGGCGGAGCGCAAGUGGCAAGAAGAGCGUAAGCGUAUCAUCGAGGCCGAGCAGAAGCGCAAGGAAGAGCGACGACGACAAGAAGAAGCUGACGAGGCAUUUGCACGCGCUCAAUGGGAGGCCGAACAAGCAGAACGUCGUCGCAUUGAGGAGGCCGACGAGGCGUUCGCCCGCCAGGCCCAGGAGGAGAUGGAGAGGGAGAUGCAGGCAUCUGAGGAACGGAGGCGUCAAGAGGAUGCAGACAUGGAGGUCGCUCGAAGAGAACAGGAACGGGAAGAAGCGCUUGAAAGGGAGCGUGCUGAGCGCGAGAGGCAAUCUCAAACUGACUCGGAGUUCGCUCGGAGGCUCGAGGCACAGUUCAAUGUAGAUGGCGGGUCAGACCAUGCACCAACGCUGCCGAGGCGAUGAAGAUAUGGAAGGUUAGAACAGUCGAAUCUGCGAACUUCAUGUAUUAUACCCUACACACUCGCAUAUAUUGACGCC